AUGUUCGAAGCACUUGUCGCGUUGUCACAAGCGAAUCUAACGAUUCAAGGUUGGACCCUGACCGGCCCCGAUCCGGAUGCUUUGUACCAUUACGACCGGGCAAUUCAGAGAUUGAGAGCGCUUCUCUCUCAACAACGACUUUACCGCCAAGAUGCUGUUCUGUUCGCCAUAAUAGCAUUGAUGGGCGCCAACUUUCUCACGAAUGACUUGGCUGCAUUUGAGAUUCACUUGGGCGGCCUGAGAAGAAUUGUUGCUCUCAGAGGCGGUCUUGAGCAGUUAGGUUGGCAAGCCAUAUAUUCUCGGGUAGCACCAGCGAACAACGUCUGCUUGCCGUAUCCAUACCAUCGACAGCCUAUUGACAGCCUCGCGGAGCUGAUUCCCGCUCUGCCUGCCGGAUUCCGCAACCUAGCGCUCAAUUACCGUCUGAGCGUGCCUGUCAUGACGCUGAUCCAUCGAGUAGCGAUCAAGGGCGAAUCUAUCGAUCAGACGCACCAACAAGCACCGACGCCGACGAUAAAUGCAGUGAACAUGCAGGAGGUGGAAUAUUGCGUCAGGCUCCUGACGUGCCCGGACAUCACCCUCCUCGAGCGAGCUUGCUGUAUUGGUCUCCUUGUCGCGGUGAUGGAUUCUUCGCGCACCGAACGAUUCAGCCCAUACUACGAACAACAGCUCCAAUUCCAUUCCGAGGAACUUGUGGGGAACCGUGACAUGUUCCGAGAGGACAUCGAUCUGUCCGAGUUCUAUGUUUGGGCGGCGUUCGACAUUGCCGCUACCAUAGUACCGCCACGACGAGGGGUUUUGUCGCCGAACUAUAGAUCCGAUAUACGGUUUGAGCUCCUGUUGGCCGUCUGGAGGCAGUAGGGUCACUUACGGUGGGAUGAUGUCCUGGAUAUUCCCAAGAAGUUCUUCUCGACGCCCCGGUGCAUUGAGAGCUGGCACAAUUGCUGGGAGCUGGG